AUGGUCGUCACAUCUUCCUGGUCCAACGUCGAGGACGAGGUGCUGAAGGCUGCCAUCAGCAAGUAUGGGCUGAAUCAGUGGUCGCGAUGCGCCUCGCUGCUGUCCAAGAAGAGCGCGAAACAAUGCAAAUCUCGCUGGACAAACUGGAUCGACCCCGCCAUCCGGAAGACAGACUGGUCGCGAGAGGAGGAUGAAAAGCUUCUGACCAUGGCAAAACUGCUCCCUACCCAGUGGAGAACUAUUGCGCCCAUUGUUGGACGAACGGCCACCCAAUGUCUCGAGCGCUACCAAAAGCUGUUGGACGAACAAGAGUCGAGGGAAUCUGGUGAUCUUGGACUGGCAGGCCCGGAGGGCGGAGAUUCAGCCGCUCCUUCAGCAGAGGAUGUACGGCGCCUUCGUCCCGGAGAGGUCGACGCAUACGCCGAGAGCCGUCCCGCAAGACCCGAUGCGGUUGACAUCGAUGAGGAAGACAAGGAGAUGUUGUCAGAGGCGCGUGCGCGUUUGGCAAACGUCAGUGGUAAGAAGGCCAAGCGGAAGGCUCGCGAGCGGCAACUGGAGGAAUCAAGAAGGCUUGCCCUGCUUCAGAAGCGACGAGAACUGAAAGCGGCUGGUAUCAACAUCAAGAUCACUCCGAAGAAAGGCAAUCACAUCGACUACAACGCCGACGUACCGCUCGAGAAGGAAGUUCCCGCUGGUUUCUUCGAUACUACCGAGGAAAUUGACCGCAACGAACAACAACGAGAGGCCUUCGAUCCGCGAAAGCAACAACUUGCAAACAAGAGAAAGAUGGAGUCACAGGAAGACGGGGGAGGUGACAGGAAGAAGAAGAAAGACGAGAAGUCAGGAGGUCUUGCUGCAUCGUAUGCGAAGGCCGCACAGGCACAGAGAAUACGGGAAGCAGAGCAGAGCAGCAAGCGCCGCGCUCUUGUGCUUCCAACUCCACAGGUCGGAGAAGCUGAGCUGGAAGAUAUCGUCAAGAUGGGAACGACGGGACAACGCGCAAUCUCUGCAGGCAGUAGCGAUAACAUGGCGACUCAGGGUCUGAUUGGAAACUAUUCGAAUGUGAUUGGCAACACUCCCAUUCGUACACCCAUGGCACCCAAGGAGGAGGACUACGUCGCGAACGAAGUACGAAACGCUCGAAUGCGAACAGAAACGCAAUCCGCUCUACUAGGUGGCGAUAACCCGGAUCUCGUUGACGAUGAAGCGCCUGCUUCGUUAUCCGGACCUGCUUCGCGACACCAGAUUGUGACGCCAAAUCCCAUGGCAACACCAUUCAGACAAGCCAAUGGCGCAGUCGGAGAUACACCUAUGCGACAGAUACCAGGAGCGACGCCCAUGCGGACUCCUCGUGACACCCUACGCCUGAAUGGCGAAGAGAGUGGCAUGCAACUGGUUGGACAGACACCUCGCGACAUCAAACUAAGGGAGCAGGCAAAGCGUCAAGAUCUUAAGAGCAGACUCGCUGCAUUGCCGAAGCCAAAAGAAGAAAGCUGGGAGUUUGAACUUCCUGAAGAGCAAACAGAUCAAAUGGAAGUUGAAGUCAGCGAAGAAGACGCUGCUGAACGGGACCGAAAAGCUCGGGAGGCGCGCGAAGCCCAAGAAGCUGCAGAGUUCGGCAGGCAGACGCAAGUCGUGCAGAAGUUCCUCCCAAGGCCAUCAGUAGUCGACAUCGACGUGCUAAUGAAGCGCGCGCUGGACCUCUCUGACCCCGUCGAACGCGAAAUCGAGAUCGAAAUGGCCAAGCUCAUUGCCAACGACGUCCAGAAGUUUGGAGAUGGGCGGGUUACCGGUACAGCACAACGAGUUGAAUCCAUGACGGACGAUGCUUUACGGAAUGCUAAGAUGGAGCUUGCUCUUGAGCUUGCGAUGACCACCGACAAAGACAAGAAGGCCUUCCACGCAGACCUCAAUACAUCGUGGACCACGCUUCACGGUUCGAAAAUUCUGCCCGGUAUUGCGGGCUACGAGGAAGACGAAAUCGACGAGCACCAACUUCUUGUCGAAGCUUUUGACAAUGCGCAAGAGUCCAUCAUCGAAGCAGCAGAACGUGCGAACAAGAUCGAGAAGCGCCUAACUACACACCACGCAGGAUAUGUCAAACGGUCAAAUCUAUUACGUGAGAAGAUCAGUGGCGCAUUUUCAGCACUUGAGAGAGCUAGAGAUGAUUUGAACACAGCGAGGACGGCACAAUACAGUGAGCAAACUGCGAUUGCACGUAGAUUGGAGAGCUUGCGCAACGAAGUUCAGUUCGUUACCAAGAGGGAGAGGGAGGCACAAGAGCUGUACAGGAAGAGGAAGGAAGAGCUCGAUAACUUGCAGCAGCCUGUCAAUGGUGUAUAUUAA